UUAUAGCAAGUGUUUUAAAACAUUAUUUUUCGGUUCCAUAAGAGAAAAGACUUCAAUGCAUUGGACGACUCAGUCCCAAACUAGGUUAUGGUUCACUCGUUGCAUGUUGGAGAUGGAGAAAUAGCUGUUACAACACAAACGGGAGUAGCUGGCACUUAAAUCAAGUGCACCAAUAAGUUUGUUGACGUCACAUGUUGUUGGUUUAUCCGCGUGUUUUGAUUGCUGGACACUCACCUGUAGAGCACUGCUACAGAGAUGCCACCAAAGAAAAGGGCCAGAGUGAGCAAAAGAACAGCAAAUUCAGGCAAAGGUGAUGAUGGUGAAACGGUCGGCAGGAAGAGGAAAGCUGCAGCUUCUGCUGAGUCUGGAGAAAAGAAGGAGAGCUCAGAAUGUCCACAGUACGGUCGCUGGCUGAUGAAGUCUGAGCCCGAGAGCCGCUUUGAGAACGGCAUCGACAUGAAGUUCGGGAUUGAAGAUCUGAAGGCUUUACCUGAUCAGACUGACUGCUGGGAUGGCGUACGCAACUAUCAGGCGCGCAAUUUCAUGAGGCAGAUGAAAGACGGGCAGUUGGCUUUCUUUUACCACAGCAACUGCAAAGAACCGGGAAUAGCAGGGAUCAUGAAAAUUGUGAAGGAAGCGUAUGUGGACCACACUCAGUUUGACAAGAAAGACGUCCAUUUCGAUGCCAACAGUAAACCGGACAACCCCAAAUGGAGCAUGGUAGAUGUCCAGUAUCAAAGAAUGCUGAAGCGUUUCCUUCCUCUGUCUGAGCUGAAGAAGUACCACCUGCAGCACCAAGCCAAAGGAGGGCCUCUGAAGGCCAUGGCGCUUUUUACGAGAGCCAGGCUCUCUGUGCAGCCCCUAACCGCCGAGGAGUUUGACUUUGUCCUGAGUUUGGAGGAUGAAGAGCCUUUGUGAGGACCAGAUGAUGACAGUACUGUAGUGUGUUUUUUCUUGUUCGUAAAUAUUAUUAAAUGUGGGUUUUUUUUCAAAUUAUGGCUCAAAUACUUUUUUUUUUUUUACCUCUGAACAAUACAGGGCGAGCUUGCUUUUGUUGGACACUGCAAACGAAAUCUUGAAAUUGCGAUUUGGAUGCAAAGCAGCAGCAGCAGUAUAUAAACUAUAAUAUAUUUGAGCAUGUAAUGUUGAUUAUGGUUGCACUUUGCCCUCAGAACAGCUUCAGAACACCUUGUUUUAUUGCCAUUAUUCAACCUGUAAUUUGCGUAUAGCAGCAAUAAAAGCCAUUUUCACAUUA